AUGCAGACCCCUGUCAGCAGUGACACCCCCCAGAACCAUAUGCCUAUAGACGACAGGCCUUCUCACCCUGAAAUCUACAGCAUUGCUCUGUGGGGGCCAAAACUGCAUUCGGCACUGACCAGACACAGAGCGGGGCGGUCCAGUGUGCAGGCCUCAGCUCCCAAUUCCAAGCAUCCAGGUCAGCCCGGAGAGGGUGAUGCUACCGACGAGGGCAGCCUGGUGUUGAUUGAUGCUGAAGGGGUGCCCCACACGGUGUCGCGCCAGGAGGUGGAGCUGGCUGGGCAGAUGCAGUCCUCUGAGCCCGAGCUUCUGGCCUCAGCCCCGCCGCCACGGCAGCUCUACUUCUGCCCCAUUUGCCUGCGGACUUUCCUGUACCAGUCGGACCUGGAGCGCCACAGCAUCACCCACUCGGAGAGCAAGCCCUAUGUAUGCCGCGAGUGCGGCAAGGCCUUCAAGCGCUCCUCACACCUUCAGCGGCACAAACACAUCCACACCGGUGAACGGCCCUUCAGCUGCCCUGUCUGCCACAAGGGCUUCCGGGAAUCCGGUGAGCUCUUGCGCCACCAGCGAGUCCACACAGGGGAGAAGCCCUACCAGUGCCAGAUUUGCCGGCUGCGCUUCACGGAACGCAACACCCUCCGCCGGCAUGCCAAGCGCAAACAUGCCCGUGAGACCUACUACCAGCGCUCCGUCGAGGAGGGAGGUGGCAGUUGGACUACAGCAGGGGACUGGGAAUCAGAAGUGGUGUCAGGAAGCGGGGACUGGGGGGCUGGGGAGCUUGGGGGUGGCUGGGCCAACGAAGCAGUGGAAGACUGGGUUGGGGAUGGGAGCCACUGGGGGGACGCUGCAGAAGGUGGGGCAGGAAGCACUCCUGUAGCCACGUCAUACAUACUAGAGACAGAACACAUCAAGGACAAAGACAAACCUGGAAUCCAACCUCCAUAA